AGUCAAGCUACAUGGUGAGAGCGAGGUACGGCCCGCAUCCCUUCAUCUCCCUUCCGACAUGCUUGGUUUGCACUCGCGCCGGGCAGACGCCCGACCUGGGCCACGGCCGGUAGAGUAAUCUCCCGGCGCCGUGCCAGAGAUCGUCUCUCCACAGCCAAAGGCGGUUACAUUUUCUGGCAACCCAACUUAUACCUCUGCGUCAUGAAGUCUUCCAACACCUUCGGCACCGAACAGUAGUGACAUAUCAGCUGUGUUCAGACCAGACAAUCCAACAUGUCAUAAGUCCCAACAGCUGUUCAUCCACAUGCCCAAUCUGAUUGUUGGGUUGGAUGCUCCUCGGUCUGCGUACCAUUGCGGGCAGGUUUCAACAUGCCAUUCUUUGACGUUCGGAGUUGGUGCGACCGCCAUGGGAUUCUGACUUGGUGCCUCCAGUCUGCAUCGACACCCCUCGCCCUCUCUGAAGCUUCUCGGCCCAUGGGCGCUAGCCGGGAUGGGUCGUCCGAUAUUAGGGAACAAGCGUAGCUCACAACUUCCAUGACAGGCAGGUGUGGUCAUAGAGCACAUGUACAGUAACCACCAGAGAAGGAUUCCGUAACCGUCGAGAUGUAGUGAUGCUGUCGUCGUUGAGAACUUUCAUGGGCACUCCUCCCUACACCUACCCCUGUCAUGAACCCCUCCACCCCUCCAACCCAUGAUUCCCCACUCCACCCCGCCUUUAAUCCACACCUCCCUUGUCCAUAUCACGAACAUUAUCCUAUCCUACACCUGCGAAGUGGACUUCGAUCAAAGAACUGUUGAGGAACAAGUUAUACCCAUCGUUCUAGACAGAAUACCAAAGCAACAAGCGGUUCGGUCCCAUUCCAAGUAGCCGCUCAUUUCCCGAGGCGCCGCUUUCAUGUUGAACCCCUGACGAAAGACAUCAAAAUUAAAAUUGACAGCGAAGAAUUGAAGCUGUUGUAGCAGCCUACCUAUCUAGCUGCCCACCUAGCUAUAUAAAGCCCAAGACAUGGGACUUCCUGGCCGCUCUUGGUUCUCUCCAUGUUGGACGUGAGAUGUCUACCUAAUAAGACCUGAGCACACGAAACGACCCAACCUGUCUGUGUCUUGUCUUUCUAAUACGGAGACAUUACUCACGACUUUGCCGCUUCGCCCACCACCUUCCGACACAUCGUCUCAGCUUCCGUUGUUCUUGUUGUCAGGCACUUCAGGUUGCCGGCAGUGAUUCCUGGAUGCCGGUCACUGGUUGCCAGUAGAUCUCCCCAUCUCCACCGGUAGCGCUCCAGACAACAAGCGCAAAAUACCACCCGAUUUUGCUGCCUUCCAACUCGCUGGGACAGCUUCCAUUAGCGCGCUACCGGCUCCACAGCUGCACAAACGCGCAGGGCUACCCACCGCAUCACUCAGCGGGCAUUCAAGAGUACCCGCCGCCGCCGCCGCCGCCUUCUUCCGCUAUUGCCUCCCUUCGCCGUCACUGGAAGUCGGUCACUCGGUCUAACCUGGAAGUUCCCACCUUGCAGACGGAGCCAGGCAGGUAAAAGCACGCGCAGGUCAGCUUGGUCGCCGCCCCCACCAAUUCUCCGGUCCACCUACCGCCCCGCAACAGCCUACCUACUCUCUGUCUGUCUCUUCUUCAUCAAGACAUCCCACUCUCUCUCUCUCGAAGCAGCCUGGAACUGCCUGAACACUAAGUGUCACGAUCCCAUAUUCUUUGACCAGUCGAAUGCUUGUUAGCCUCCUGCUCACAAGCCACCAACAAGACCUGCUGUCAUCGUUUCUGUCUGGCUACGCCCAAAGGUAACACAAGUCUUAUAAUUCAGCACAUCACAGCAUGGCCAACUCCGAGGAAACGCCGCCGCCUUCCAAAAUCGAGGUUGAGGUGGUGACCGAGAACCUCGAGACCCCCGAGCUGGAUGAUCGUUCAUACCGUGUCAUCCGUCUGCCCAACGGCUUGGAGGCUCUUCUGGUUCACGACCCCACCACUGACAAGGCCGCGGCCGCGGUUGAUGUCAACGUUGGGAGCCACAGUGACGAGGAUGAUAUGCCAGGAAUGGCCCAUGCCGUUGAACAUCUUCUGUUCAUGGGGACCAAGAAAUUCCCUGUCGAGAAUGCCUAUCAUCAGUACAUGUCAAACCAUUCUGGGCUCACCAAUGCCUUCACGGCGACAACCUCAACCAACUACCACUUUGAGGUCUCUGCCAAGCCCAGCAACGAUGAAGAGCCAUCUGCCACCAAUCCCUCACCACUGCUGGGAGCGCUGGAUCGCUUUGCCCAGUUCUUCAUCGAGCCACUGUUCUUGGAGAACACUCUGGAUCGUGAACUGAGGGCCGUUGAUUCAGAAAACAAGAAGAAUCUCCAGAGUGACAACUGGCGUCUGCACCAACUCAAAAAGACUCUCUCCAACCCGAAACACCCCCACCACCACUUCUCUACCGGCAACCUUGAGACGCUCAAGACCAUCCCCGAGGCAAAGGGUAUCAACGUGCGAGACAAGUUUAUUGAGUUCUAUGAGAAACAUUAUUCUGCCAACCGCAUGAAGCUUUGCGUCUUGGGAAGGGAGCCCCUGGAUGUUUUGCAGGCUUGGGUGGCCGAGUAUUUCUCUCCCAUCAAGAACAAGAACCUGCCACGCAACAGGUGGGAGGAUGAGGUUCCGUUCACAAAGGAUCACUUGGGAGUCCAAAUCUUCGCCAAGCCUGUGAUGGAUACUAGAGAAAUUACUCUGAGCUUCCCCUUCAUGGAGCAAGAGAAUCUUUACGAGACGCAGCCUGGUGGAUACAUUAGCCAUCUCAUCGGCCAUGAGGGCCCUGGCAGCAUUAUGUCCUAUGUCAAGUCCAAGGGAUGGGCCAACGGUCUGGGCGCCGGGCCAAGUAACAUUUGCCCCGGGUCUCCGGACCUGUUCGAUAUCGGGAUCACCUUGACAGAGGAGGGACUGAAAAACUACAAGGAGAUCGUGAAGGUCGUGUUUGAGUACAUCGCCCUUCUGCGAGAGACGGAGCCGCAGCAGUGGAUCUUUGAUGAGCAAAAAGGCAUGGCAGAUGUCAAUUUCAGGUUCAUGGAGAAGUCUCGAGCUUAUCGGUUUGCAAGUUCCGUCAGCCAAAGGAUGCAAAAGCCAAUCCCUCGCGAGCAUCUGGUGUCUGGAUAUUCCAAGCUUCGCAGAUUCGACCCGAAGUUGAUUAAGCAGGCUUUGGGCUGGCUACGACCUGACAACUUCUUUCUCGUUGUCACCUCACGGAAUCCCCCUGUUACGUUGGACAAAAAGGAGAAAUGGUAUGGGACGGAGUACACCGUCCAAGCAAUUCCGGAGACUCUGAUGAAGGAGGUCCAGGCGGCAGCUACCAGCACACCUGACAACCGAAAAGCGAAGCUUCAUCUCCCCCACAAGAACCAGUUCAUCCCAACAAAGCUAGACGUGGAGAAGAAGGAAGUCAAAGAGCCUGCCAUCGCCCCGCGGAUUAUCCGCAACGACUCUAUGGUCCGGACCUGGUACAAGAAGGACGAUACGUUCUGGGUCCCGAAAGCAAGUAUAAUGGUUAGCUGCCGGACACCAAUCACCUCACUGGCGUCUAUGCGGGCAGCAGGCCGUCUUUUCACAGAUUCGAUCAAGGACGCGCUCGAGGAAUACUCAUAUGAUGCCGAACUUGCUGGUGUUGAAUAUACUGUGAUCUGCGAGGAGCGGGGAAUGUAUAUUGAGGUCUCCGGUUAUAACGACAAGCUUUCGGUGCUCCUAGAACAGGUUCUGGUCACCAUGCGCGACCUCGACAUCCGCGAUGAUCGGUUCGCCAUCAUCAAGGAACGCACGAUCCGGUCAUACCGAAACUGGGAGCUUUCAGCACCAUGGACACAGAUUGGUGGAUACAUGAGCUGGCUGACGACAGACCACUACAACACCAUCCUGGAUAUUGCAGAGGAGCUUCCUGCCGUGACAGCUGAUGCGGUGCGAUCUUUCAAGAGGGAAUUUUUGGCCCAGAUGCACAUGGAAGUCUUGAUUCACGGCAACUUUUACAAGGAAGACGCACUGAAGCUGACCGACAUGAUCGAAAAGACGCUCAAGCCACGGCCAUUCCCUCCAUCUCAGUGGCGUUCACCUCGCGGGCUGGUGUUUUCUCCAGGGUCAAACUACGUCUGGAAGAAAACGCUCAAGGACCCCGCGAACGUGAACCACUCGAUCCACUACAUGCUCUACACAGGUGCCAAGAUUGAUCGUCCUCAGAGGGCAAGGACAGCUCUUUUGGACCAGAUCAUGCAUGAGCCUUGUUUCGACCAGCUUCGCACCAAGGAACAGCUCGGAUACAUCGUUUACUGUGGCUCUUGGAGCAAUGUGACAACGUUUGGUGUUUACUUCAUCAUUCAAAGUGAGAAGACGGCCCCCUAUCUUGAGACCCGGAUCGAAAAGUUCCUGGAGGACAUGGGGAAGAGACUCGAGGAUAUGAGUGAGGAGGAUUUCGAGAAGAACAAGCGAAGUUUGAUUGAAAGGACGCUUGAGAAGGCCAAGUCGCUGGAGGGAGAGAGCAACCGGCACUGGCAGGCCAUUGAGUCUGAAUACUACAUGUUCAACAACCGACAGUUGAUGGUGGAGAAUCUGAAGCCACUGACAAAGGCUGAUAUGAUUGAAUUUUUCAACCACUACAUCAACCCUUCGUCCCCUUCGCGGGCGAAGGUUGCAGCUUAUCUGGAGGCCCAGGCCAAGAGCGAUGUGACAACGAAGCAAAUUACGGAUCUCAUCAAGACGCUCGAUCUCGAUGAAAGUACCGCUGCCCAGGCUGCCACUGACCUGCAGUCUCGCCUGAGUGCGGCUGGCCAUGACGAGGAAAAGGAGGUCGAAGGCCUUGUCGACUACCUCCAAGGCCUCGGGGUACCAGACGGCAAGGUAAAGGCUGCAUCUGACGUGUGGAGAAGACUACACUCUGAGCAUGGGCCCGGCAGCGGAGUUGUCAAGGACGCAGAGCCACCAUCAUCCAAUGGGACGACACCCACCCUCAUCAAGGAUGUGCGAGACUUCAAGGCACUCCAUGCCACCAGCAGGGCUCCCUAUCCAGAGAAGGAUCUUGCGGAGUAUUAUGAUUUGGAUGCAAAGCUUUAGACAUUUCACUUGGACCCAUGCAGAUCGGGGUAGAGGGGACUCCAGACUACUGAGCGGAAAACAGACUUAUACCCAAAAGCAUUAUAUUGUCACCAUUGUUGGUCAUGCAGCGCAUAGAUGAACUAAUCAAAACUUUCUUGCUGUUUUAUUUCUUUG